GGCCAUGCAUUCCUGCAUUCACUGAAGGAGGAACUGGCACCUGAGCUGAGGAGGUUAAACAAGUCCUCCCCACCACACCAGGUCACUAGCUCCUUCCCAAGAAUGUAUGUUCUAGCACCUUAAUCUAAAAAAAGAAGAAUGUAUGUUCUAGCCUGUACAAAGCAAAGAAAUAGAAGAAUACCAAAUACUAAGGGACUUGAUGCUUGCCAGCCCCAUUCGCAAAAAAAACUUUUAUUAAUGAAGGAGUGAAGAAUGUUCAUGCCGCAAACAAAGAAGAUGAGGUGUCAAUCUGAUAGACAAGUCAAAAGGCAACCCACUUUUCACGAGGAACCUAUCAUGUCUAGGGUUCAAGAUAUAGGGAAUAAGUGAGCGUGGUCAUUAGAUUUUAUUCAUCAACAUGGAAUUGCAAUGGACACUCCUAUUGUUGUAAGCUCAGAUAGUGGACAGGCCUACAUAUUUCCAGUGAUGACGAGCAAUAUCAUUAUGUACAUCUUCAAGUUGAGAUUCUAGGGAAUCUGGAGCACAACUCCUGAUAUCAUGAAUGCCUUCAGCACUUCAGGUUGCAAGUAUAAAUAGGGCAUGAACCUGCGCCCAUCAGUUCACCCAAGUUCACAUUUGAGGCCAAGACAGCCUAUAAGAAAGACUCUUGAGCACAAUCUGUUCCCCCCCUUGCAACCUCAAAUUUAUCAUUCCUCACCAACCAUGUCAAGGGACCCACUAGUAGUAGGACAUGUUGUUGGCGACAUUUUGGAUCCAUUUAUCAAAUCAGCCUCACUUAGGGUUCUUUACAACAAUAAGGAACUGACCAAUGGAUCUGAGCUCAAGCCGUCACAAGUAGCAAAUGAACCAAGGGUCGAAAUUGCUGGGCGUGACAUGAGGAACCUUUACACUCUGGUGAUGGUGGAUCCAGACUCGCCAAGUCCAAGCAACCCAACAAAAAGAGAAUACCUUCAUUGGUUGGUGACAGACAUCCCAGAAUCAACAAAUGCUAGCUAUGGAAAUGAAAUUGUCAGUUAUGAAAACCCAAAGCCAACUGCUGGAAUACAUCGCUUAGUCUUUGUACUUUUCCGCCAAUCUGUCCAGCAAACUGUUUAUGCUCCAGGAUGGAGACAAAAUUUCAACACUAGAGACUUUUCAGCACUUUAUAAUCUUGGACCUCCUGUGGCUGCCGUGUUCUUCAAUUGUCAAAGGGAGAAUGGGUGUGGAGGCAGACGGUAUAUUAGAUAAGUAGCAGAUCACUGACAGUGCUCUGCAAGAAGGAAUGCUUAUUAAACGUGAAAAGAUGCACAAGCUCAGGCACGUCGCAAAACGAUAGUAAAUGCUGGGCCUCGAGAUGUAGCUUCAAUUGAAAGUUACUUUGCAUGUUGCCAUUACAAUUUCACCAUCUUGG